CCGCUUUCUUCGCUGGAGGGGGGAACAGUGAGAGCGUCCAUUUCCCGGAUCUGGUAACAUGGCAAAAGAUGCCGGCCUGAUUGAAGCCAACGGAGAACUGAAAGUCUUCAUUGACCAGAGCCUCAGCCCCGGGAAAGGUGUGGUGUCUCUGGUGGCUGUGCACCCCUCGUCCGUGAGCACCCUCGGGAAGCAGCUGCUGCCUAAGACCUUCGGACACCCCAAUGUCAGCAUCGCACAGCAAGUGGUGAUCGGGACGCCGCAGAGACCCGCAGCCAGCACACUGGUGGUGGGCAGCCCACACACCCCCAACACCCACUUUGUCCCCCAGAACCAAUCGUCGGACCCAUCCCCGUGGUCAGCUGGGAAGCGGAACCGGAAGGGCGAGAAAAACGGGAAGGGGCUCCGGCACUUCUCCAUGAAGGUGUGUGAGAAGGUGCAGCGCAAAGGCACCACGUCCUACAACGAGGUGGCUGACGAGCUGGUGGCCGAGUUCAGUGCUGCGGACAACCACAUUCUGCCCAACGAGUCGGCUUAUGACCAGAAGAACAUCCGGCGGCGUGUGUAUGAUGCCCUGAAUGUGCUCAUGGCCAUGAACAUCAUCUCCAAGGAGAAGAAGGAGAUCCGCUGGAUUGGGCUGCCCACCAACUCUGCGCAAGAGUGCCAGAACCUGGAGGUGGAGCGACAGCGGCGGCUGGAGCGGAUCAAGCAGAAACAAUCCCAGCUGCAGGAGCUGAUUCUGCAGCAAAUUGCCUUCAAGAACCUGGUGCAGAGGAACAGGCAGGUGGAGCAACAGACCAACCGUCCGCCACCCCCAAACUCCGUCAUCCAUCUGCCCUUCAUCAUUGUCAACACCAGCAAGAAGACUGUCAUCGACUGCAGCAUCUCCAAUGACAAGUUCGAGUACCUGUUCAACUUUGACAACACCUUUGAGAUCCACGACGACAUCGAGGUGCUGAAGCGCAUGGGGAUGGCCUGUGGCCUGGAGUCCGGGAACUGCUCUGCUGAGGACCUGAAAGUGGCCCGUAGUUUGGUGCCCAAGGUGUUGGAGCCCUACGUGACAGAGAUGGCUCAGGGCUCACUAGGCGGCGUCUUCCUCACCUCCAGUGUCUCCACUGCCAAUGGCAUUCGAGUUUCUAGCAGCGAUUUGGCCAACGGAGGGGAUGGCACAUUGGCCACCAGCUCCAGCGGGUCCCAGUACAGUGAGUCACGGGUGGAGACUCCGGUGUCGUGCGUGGGGGAAGAGGACGAAGAUGAGGAUGAAUUCAACGAGAACGAGGAGGAUGACGAUUGAUGGUGGCCGCAGCCCUUAGCUUCAGCUUCCCACACAGAGAGAGGGGCACGGGGUCCUGCUGCGGCCGGCCCUGCCCCGCGCGCUCACGCCGGCUGCUGGUGCCGCUUUGAUGCCUGCACAGGCUCCUCGUCCCAUUCCCGACUUCCCAAGACUGCCCAGCAUCCGGCGCUGCCCCCGAGGCUCCUCGCUGAGUGUGCUGAAGUGGGAGGGCUGCGGCCAGAUCCAGGACUGGGGGCAGCCGGCCUGGCCCAGCACGGUGGCCCCACUGGCUGCGCCGUGAGUCGGCCGGACUCCGACUGUGCUCCCUUAAGUUAUACCGACUGUGACCCCAUGGGCUCCCGCCCCGGCAGUGACUCCCGUCCAGCCCGGCUGUGUCUCGGGAGAGCCUCGUGCCCGGCGCCAAGGCCCAGGACCGCCUGCCCAGCUGGACAGCGUUGCUUGUGGAUAUUGCCUGAUUUCUUACAGGCUUUACAGCGUCUAAGAAACUUUUUCUUCUCUAGUUGUUUACAGUCUUCUUAUAAGCCUUUCACUCACAAACCUGCACAGAGACAAAUGUUUUUGUUUCUGAAGCAUCUUGUAACCUAUGAUAAAAUUGAAAUUAAAUAUAGAGAAUGUUUUAACAAGUUUUUUAACUCAGACUUUGUUGAUCGUUUUUCAUUAUUCUUUUUUUAUGAGCAGUAGCCGUGUGAGGAGUGUGAGGCAGGGCUUGGAGAAACGGCCACAGACUCUGCACACUGCCACCUGGCAAGAGGCCUUUUUACCAAAACUCAAAUAAACUUCUGUGAUAUUUUACAGCCAUA